GAACAGUGUCCGCCAGUCUGGUGUGCGUCGGUUGUGACGAGGUCGCGCUUCAGAGUUUGUUUGAACAUCCAUAAUCAUAUUGCAGCCAGCCAGCCUGAAGUAGCAUCCACAGCAGCAUCCACAGCAUCCAAAGAAAAAAAAAUCAUCAUCUCCCCAUAUCGCGACCCUAGCGGGGUGGACUCGGAGGGACGUUUUCUUUUGUUGGUGGUGGGGGAAAAAGUGUGGGUGGAAAUUCGCGCGAAUCUCCGCUGGAUGUACGACGAAGACGACUUCCGAGGUGACCACACAAAAGUCGGAUGCUGGGAAGAGUGAAAAAGGAAAAGCUUGUCCCCCUGAAAGGUGUGAAAUUUCAAGCAGUUGCGUGUGUGUGCGAGUGUGUGUACAUAAUGUGAUGGGAUCCUCAGAGCGGUCACAAAAUGAGGAAAAACAUCACCGUUACAGCAUAUAUCCCUUCGUCCUUAAGUAGCUAGUUGAUAGUUGUUGUUAGUAGAUGAAGAAACUACGCAAGAGUGAGAAGUGAGUCCUCAAAUGUUCUAACCUUUGCUCAACACACACACAAAAUCUGUACCCCACACUGUCGAUAUCUAUCUGGUUAGUGAAAAAAAAAGAAAAGUCGUGAAAACCGUUCGAGUGAGUGAGAAAUUUUAUCCAGUUUGAUCUUAUUCAACAAACGAGAAAAAGAAAAAAAAAAACCCAAGAAAGGAUUUUCCCCCCGAGACGACAAAACAAGGAUUACCUGAGCAAAACUGUUGCUGCAUGCUGGGGGGGAAAAACUGUGUCGCUCCCCUAGCAAGAGAGACUGAAGAAAAGCCGUCGGGAAAUCGCAGCACCAGAAAGACACGCUCAACGGCGAAGGCCCUCUGAGAAAAUGGCUGUUCACAAAUUCAAGCUCAAAUAACAAUGGACACACGAACAAGUUACACAAUCACCACAAAAACGGAAAAUCCGCCGGCUGUCGAUUCUCGACGACACACUCGGAAGACAGGCCAGCAGCGAUGCGACAGGGAAGAGGCUAUAAAAAAGUAAAUUAAAUAAUUAAAAAUAAUCUUCUUUUCCCGAAGGGAAGCAAGAACAAGUCGUUUCGAGACAAAAGUAACAUUCCGACGGUGCGUGAGUGUGGCGAUUUCGUGAAAUCGUGAAACAAGUGCGAUGUGCGGCCGCCAUCUUGGUCAGUGUUGCCAGCGCGCGGAUUCAUUUCUUGCACUAGGCGUUCUUCGUCACCGUGAAAAUGUAGCUCAAUCGGCGUGAUCGGCGCGUCAGGUCUGAAUCAAUCUGACAGUUGUGAAAUGGGUAAAAGUAAGAUGGCCGUUAAGUAGUUGUUAGAAUCGAUAAGUAGCGUCUAACCGGUGUGAAUAGAAGUUUUUUGGUGUGUACAGUAGCGGUCAGCAUUUUCUAUCCACUUUUAACUCGGUGUUUGUGUCGGUGUGUGUACACUUUUGUAAGCUGCUAGAGCCGAACAAAUCGUACCACUCAAAUCUCAAAUCGGUUGUGAAUGAAACAAAAAAGAAAAAUUACUCUCUCACCUUUCAACACUGUGUAAAGUUUUAAAAGCAAAACAGUAGAUUCUAGAAACAGUAAGAAAUAUUACCGUCCUUUCUAAGAAGAAAACAAAAGUUUUAACUUAUCGCUAAUCGUAAAGUCAAACAAAAGAAACGAGUGCGCGUGUGUGAGUGUGAGCGUGCGCGCGCGAAAUAUGUGCCAAAACAAUCGCCAAAACCAACACAAGCAAGCAAGCCAGUUGAUGCCGAGGAGCGCGGCCAAGAAAUACGAAACCGACGGCGGCGCCGAAAACGUGAUUAAUCUUAUUAAUAACCGGUACAGCGCGCGGUGAAAUUUAUUAAAUAAUCCCCAUCAUCAAUAUUUUGCGUUCCCCUCUCGGCGGCAUCUUCGAACAGAGAGUGAAAAAAAAAUGAAAAGAAGCUCACAGAAUUAAUUGAAUAAACAGUUCCCGAGAGAGUGAGGCGGAAGAGCAAACUUGCAGCGAUAAAUAUCAAUUUCCAAAAGAAGAAGCAAAAGACGACCGCACAAGGGUCUCCGGAACCUCCGGAAGGAAGUUUAUGAUUAGUGGGAUUACUUUAUGAUAAGUGAUCUUCGUCCGCGCGUGGCAAAUGAUGAAAACAGUGCUAAUGAAAACAAUUACUCACCUGUGAGAGUUUCGUGAGAGAGUGAACCUAGAAAAAAGAAGAUAAAAUCGAGGUCACCGCCAUCAUUGUCGAGCUGUCAUUCUUCGAAGAAGAAGAGGCGAAGACGAAGACGAAAGGGAAGAGCUUAGAGAUGAUUGUGAUUGCGGCCUUGAAGUGUUGUUGCUGGUGAGUUGCCGACGGCGCGGCGCUCGGUGGAGGAAGCAAGCCCUCUCGUCCCAAGAAGCAAGUUGUUGAAUGCUGUCAAGUGUUGUUUGUUGUGCUGAACUGGGGUGUGUGUAAGUGUGUGUUUGUGUGCAGCUUCUGCCUACACCCCCCUCUCCAUAAGACAGACAGAAGGACGCUGUUUUGGUGAGGAGAAAAAAGUGUGAGUGUAUAGGAAAAAAAGGAGGGAAAACUCUAGACGUCAGAAAAAAAGUGAAUUGAUUUUGCUGAAAACAAAGACUGUUUCGCAACCUGCACGUCCCACCUGUUAUUCGUCACCUUGGAUCCCGUGUCGCAGCACCUCGUUGGACAGCAAAAUGGCCGCUGUAAAUUCGGUUCAAAACAGCAUCCGGCUACCGCUGGCCGGAUUGGCCCCGCCCCGGGUGCUCAUGUGCAGCGCGUCGAUGGGUGCCGAGGGUUCGGUCACGUUGCAGCUGCGUGAGGCCAUCCAGGCGCCGGACGCGUCCGGCAGCACACUCGAUCACGGCGGGCUUACCAUCGGCUAUCCGGACCCGGAGAUGCUAGCCGACAUGUUGGGUUCGUUCCAGAGUGCCUCGGCUGGGGCGGCCGGACUGGACCAGUCCGUGGCCAGCACGUUCGACCUGCUACAGCAGGACAGCAGCAACAGCAACUGCAGCCGGCAGUCUGACGUCGUUGAACACCAGCAGCAGCAGCAACAACACAUAGCCAGUGCCCUGCUGGCGGCGGCCAAGGCUAGCUCGUCACCGUCCGGAAGUGGCAGCGGGAGUUUAACGCUCAGCGGGGUAAAGAGCGAAAUAGCGGCCGCCGUCGCGGCCAAAGCCGACAAGCUGAACGGGUGCCUUCCUCCGACCGUUUCGCUGGUGUCCGCCCCCUCUUCGGCGUCCUCGUCGCCUAGUGCCAGCAACGGUAGCAGCUGCAGUUCCGGCAGCAGCAGCCUCAGCAGUAUCGGCAGCUCCCAUAAAACCGCUUCGGGCGCCGCUGCGACAUCUAGCGGCGGCUUGGGCGGCCACAGCACCAGAAGUGACAGCACGAGCAGUUGCAGCAGUACGAGCAGCAGCAGUAGUAGUAGCAGCAGCAGCAGCAGCAGCAGCAGCAGCAGUAGUGGUGGUAGCAGUUGUGGGUCGUCCACGGCCGCGGUCACGCUGAACGGGCUACCGACGGCGGUGAAAAAGCCACGGCCCAAAACCGCCUCGCCAACGCGGCACGGGCCGCAGCAAUGUCAGGUCUGCAGCAAAGUGUUUGGAAAUGCAUCCGCCCUGGCCAAGCACAAGCUGACGCACAGUGAUGAGCGGAAGUACGUUUGCGGAAUGUGCUCGAAAGCGUUCAAAAGACAGGACCAUCUCAAUGGCCACAUGCUGACGCACCGGAACAAGAAACCGUACGAGUGCAAGGCGGACGGCUGCGGCAAGUCGUACUGCGACGCGCGGUCACUCCGGCGACACACGGAGAACCACCACAGUGGCACCACCCCGGGGACGACGACCCCCACGCCGAUGGCCGCCCCCAGUCCGGGCCCGUCGCAGUCUCCGCCCCUCAACACCUCCGGCAGCAACUCUCCGGUGAAUCCGUCGUCGUCGUCGUCGGUGGCGUCUCCGUCGGUGACAGUGACGACCCUGGCCACGGCGGUAUCGACGGCAGCUAGCCACGGUACGACCGGGCCACUCAGCGGGCUCAGCCUGUCACCGGCUACCGCCAGUGGUGACGCAAGUUCUCCUCACGGCGCUACCUGCAGCAUCCAGUUCAGCACUUCUUCCUCCCCGUCUUCGUCCGGCACGACGACCCUGCUGACCGCGAGCAACCACAGUUCCAAUAACACGACAACCGCCACCUACAGCAACCUAACCUCUUCCUCUACCAGCAACAACAACCAAAACAACAACAGCUCAAGCAGUAGCACCGGAAGUUCCGCCGGGCAGCAGCACCAGAUGACAGCCCUGACCUCCACCCCCUGCGGCGGUGUCGAUUCCGGUGGCUCCAAGACGCCCUCGCCCAGUUUGUCCCCGGCCGGAACCGGAAACGGAAACGAAGGCCUCACCCGGCAGCAGCUGGACCUGAUCACGCAGAUCAUGCAGCAGACGAAGCAGGCCAACGCGGCGGUGGCUGCCGCCGCAGCAGCCGGCCAGAAGAUCCCGCCCCGGCCCCGGACGUGGAACAUGCAGAUAAACUCCCGGCCGGAGCUGGCAAACCUCCCACUACGGCGCCGGCUCCAACUGAGCCAGAACAAGGUGACCACGACAACCACGUCCAGCACGCCCAGUCCUACGACCAACACUCCGACAACCCAGGCUUCAGCACCGGCGCCUACUCCCAGCGUCCCUCCGGUAGAACCCGCCAGUGUUACCAGCAGCGCCCAACCACCGCCAUCAACCACCACCCCAGCUCCAACGCCGUCAUCGGCCGCUUCCCCAGCAAACGUCGCCGCCGCGGUCGCCAAAGCCGACCAGAAACCAGUCGAGUGCAACCUGUGCCACCGCAAGUUCAAGAACAUCCCGGCCCUGAACGGCCACAUGCGACUGCACGGCGGCUACUUCAAGAAGGACUCCGAAACGAAGAAAUGUGAUAAGAAGGAGCACACCGGACCGCCGCUGCAGACGGCCAGCGUGGGCGUGCGAGCGCUUAUCGAGGAGAAGAUCAUCAACAAGCGCAGCAAGGAUCUGAAGAAUCUGUUGUUGAAGGGUUCGUUCGUGGUGCCGGCACCGCCGUUGACCGCGCGACGACUGCUGGAAGCCAGCGAAGCGUUGCUAUCGCCCAAGCCCGGCACGGUCGCCAUCGUGUCAACGCAGAACGGAACCACCCAGAUCAUCAACCCGGCAAAGGCCAUCACCACGAUGUCGACGGCGGCCGAAGUCAAGGACGCCACGCUGAUCGAGCUGUUAAAACGCGGCACCAAGGUGGCCGUCAAGCGUACCUGUUCCGAUCCUGGCCAGCUGGCCAUCACCACGACACAGCAGCAGUCGCCUUCAGCUACGCGAACCGUGGUGUUACCUGCAAACGCCUUAACCAGCGCACCGUCCACGCCGCCCCUAGCGCUGACCAUCGGCACCAACAACAACAACGGCUCAUCUGCGACCUCCAGCAGCAAUCCUUCGACUCCGGUGAUCAGUUCCGACGCCACGCCCCUCUCACUCACUAUAUCACAAGCGCCUUCCGGCAGUGCGGACGUGUUCACUCUAGCCUACUCUACCGACGCCACCGGUGCUGCGGCCUUCUUUAGCGAUAACGACGUGUACAGUGUUAGCGAUACGACCAUGCUUUUGCAGGCCGUUGACUCGAUCCAGCUGCUGCAGGACUCCGCCUCCUCGACGGAGCAGCUCGACGAAAUAGCGUCCCUUUCCGACUACUCUACCGCGAUCAACGAGCAGAACUUUACCCCCUCACGGCAGCUCCAAGCCGUGCUGGACUCGCCCCUCCCGGAGAGCUUGGCCGAGUUCAGCGCUCUCCAUUCCAAGGACUUUGUCCUUUACGGUAACUCCACCUCCUCCUCCUCGAACGCGGUAAUAACCAACAAUUCCACCGAUCCCCCAACCAGCCAAUCCUCCAACUCACCACUCCCAUCCCCGCUAGCCUAUCCAACUCCGCCGGCUUCCCAUGAACCGGCCGCUCAGGCAUCACCGUUCCUAGACGAUUCCCGUCACUUCUCCGAUGCCGGCUCCUUCUUCGAUGACAAGCGCAACUCGUCCACCAACUUUCUCGACGAUGGCUUCUUCAAAACCGGGCAAGAGGGCAAGCUCAGCGACGAAAAGAUCCUAGCGCUGAAAAACGAACUCCUCGACGAGAAUGCCGACCUCUUCCGGAACAGCAAAAACAUCCUCGACGAUCACUGUCACGACCUGUUCAAAACCGAAGACAACUUUUUCUCCGAAGAAUCUCCCGUAAUGGCCAACAACAAGUCAUCCAACACGCGGUCCACUUCCUCGGGCAGUGGAGGCGCUCAGGAAGAUCCGGCGUCUAAAAUCAACCUGGACUUCCUGGACGAAGCGCAGGCGUUCAUCAACGAAACCCGCAGUGCUUCCUCGCCGCUGUCCAACGCGUUCUCUGCUACCAUGUCCAGCGCGGAAGAGGUCAAGGAAGCCCUGGAAGAGGUGCUUCCCAGCGAUGAGGACGUCGUCAUCGCUGAAGCGGACAUUGACCUGUACUAUCUGAACGGCUUGUCCUCGCUACAAUCUCAGAUGAUGCCAAACUCGGACGAUCCGUUGCUAUCGUCCUCGCCCAAGGACUUUGCCCAUCGCCAGCACCAGAAGUUUCUCUUCGAGCAACAGCUGCUGCAGCAGCAGCAACAGCAGGUUCUGUCGCAGAACAACAGCAGUACCUUCUCACCACCGAGUGCCAAAAAACUCAAAACUGAAGCGGACGCCCAGGUCGGCGUCAGUGAUACCAACGCAAAAAUUCCACUUACCGUACAAACAGAGCAAAUUCCAAAAGACAACCCCGGUGACUCGGUAUUUCUCAGCCCGAGCAGCAUCUCAUCCAGCAGUAGCAACUGCAGCAGCAGCUCGCCGAAGCUCCAGCACGCGCUCCUCCGGAAAAGGUCGGCCGCGAUGCUACCCACGACACCGAUAGUCGUCCGCAAGUCACCCAUCUACCACUCCAAGCUGCGGAAGUCUACAACCGCGGUUCCCGUUACGCACUACACUCCACAGCCGAUGCUGAAUCCGGGCCGGACCGCUCCCGGACUCUACACCCAGGUUGCCGCAAGCCUGGUGAACCAGUCCGGAUCGGACUCGACCGUAGACGACACCUCGGACAUUUUCAGCGAACCACCACUCCCGAUUCGACCGCGCAUCAACAUCGGCCACGACUACCAGGCCACCAUUCCGGACUGCUACGGCAGCAGUCCCAGCUACCAUAAUCUAAGUCACCACCUAGAUCAGCAGCUAUGGGAUCCAACGGUAGCCCAAAACGAUCAACAGAUCGCCCGCUUCGUUGAGCUUUCCCGCUCUUCAGCCGUUCCUCUCGGCUGCCACUCGGAGGAGAACGCGCUCCGAUCACUGCUGGAAGCCCAAGGAGAAGUUCACAUCGCCAUCCUAAACCUGCUGCAAACUCCUCCGACCGCUAUCCACCGCCAUUGGUCACCCGACGAAAUGGAACAGUUCAUCCGCGGGUUGGAACUCUACGGAAAGGACUUUUGCCGAAUAACCAACGAGCUGCUUCCCGCCAAAACGACCGGUGACUGCGUCCAGCUGUACUACUUCUGGAAGAAGCUUUGCGUCGACUACAAGACCACCCAUCUGCUGCAGCACGGAAACAACUCGAUGAAGUUCAUCAACCUGAACGCCAGCCCGGACGACCUGCUGCUGGACCACAUCGGAUACACCGCCACGCCACCCAACGCAGUGGUCAAGACGGCUACUGGAACUGGCCAACCGACGAUCAACACCGGCAGCGACGUGCGGCCACACGUUUGCGAAGUUCCCGACUGUUCGGCGAGCUUCUCGUCCAAGGCCGCGCUGCAUGGUCACAUCCGUAUUCACUGUAUCGGACGCUCGGCAGGCCACGUGAGCGGCACGUUGCAAAAUGGUAAUUUCUUGAGUACUACCACCGCUGGUAACCCCACUAUUAACCCUAACCUCAUACCGACAAAGGAUGAUUAUCCCUGCAAGGUGUGCGGCAAGGUAUUUAAUAAGGUAAAAAGUCGCAGUGCCCACAUGAAAUCUCACAGACCGCAAGAUGCAAGCGAUCAGCUGCAACAUCAACUGCAACUUCACCAGCAACAGUUACAGCAACAACAACAACAACAACAACAACAACAACAACAGCAACAGUCACAGCAAUCAGCGUAAACACAAGCCACGGUGACAGCGGUUGUGCCAUAGCGAGACAAAAGACACACCGAGAACGAUAGAGAGCAGAAGACGAAUACUUCGAGACAAUCUUCAAAAGUAUGUUAAAAACUACUACAAGUGUUGUAAAAACAAACAAAAAAUACCAACCGAAAGCCACCUCGACUAGAAUUCAGCAAACAAAGGUACACGAUACAAACAGCAUAAUUUUACAACAUACAAAAAAAACGAUACAUAAAACAAAAACCUGAGCAAAUCACUGUAACGGAGGUUGUUAAAACAAACGCAAAUAAUACGUGAAAGAUCCCACAGAAUAGCUAAACAAACAAAAAAAACACACACUACACUACAAGAUUCACAGAGACGACGGUAAACAAACGAAAAGAAAUGUCAAAUUAUCAAAGCAUCCAUAUACACAAACACAAGCAUACAUUGAGGUAAAACUUCCACUUACUCUUAAACAAAUAUACAUAUUACAAUAUCUACUGUAAUCGUAAGCUAGAGCAAAAAAAAAAAAGAUAAAAAAACUGUUUUUGUACACUUUUUGUUGUUGAACUUUCUACACUUCGAAAACGUAAAUUGUACAUAGCAAAAUUAGGAAUAAGUAUAAGCAUAAAUUGUUGACAAAUCUUGUAUUCUUUUGAACUAUUUUAGCGAGACAAAAAAUCAAACAGUCGAUAGCAAAUCAAAAAAAAAAACACUGGGCGUGGCCUUUUUGUGAAAUCUGAGAUUUUAAACAAAGACAACUAAACAAAAGAGCAGGUGCAGAGAGUCGUUUUAGCAAACAAAUGAAAAGAAAAAAAAAUAACAAACCCAAACAUCAAGCAUCGUUCGAAGCCAAAAAUAGAGACACGCCCCGCCCGUUUCAUUGCAAGAGAUGGAGAUGGAAAACCCAACACAUAAAACCAUAAACAUUGCAAAACGACGUAAGUUUUUCUCUAAUAAUCGUCCUUAACAGAGUAAAUCACCCACAACUGUUCUUCUCUUAAAAAUCUCUCCUAACUAUAUAGAUGACUUUUUAUCUUUCCAGUAUUAUAGACAAACAAACUAACAACAACAAAAGAGAGAGAGAGAGAGCAUUCGAGAGCAUUGUAAACGGGAAAAACGAAACCAUUUAACACAGAAAAGUACUCUUUAAAUGUAGAACAAUUUCAUGCUGGCUAAGAAUAACAUUCUUUUUUAAUUGAAAGCAAGAUAAAGUAACACACUCACUCACUCACACAACUUAGGGUAAUGUUUAAUCCUUUCUUAAAAAACAAGAACAUAAGUAAAUGACGAAAAAACAUGGUUGUACCUAGAACUUAAGUGUUGAUCGAUGUCCCUAAUUCUAUACCAUAUUAUAAACAUUUCAACAAAAAAAAAUAUUACAAUGAAUGAGAGCAGCAAAUCUCACGCACCCAGAGCAAGAGAGCGGAAGGAAAUGUGUCAGAAAAAAGUAUAUAUUAUAUAUUUAUUAUUAGAAAGUUAUAUUAUGUGAAAACCUAAACCAAACAGAAACCUACUGGAACGUUAAAGUUCACAAACCAUGUAAAAGAAAGUUUUACACUAAAUUAAUGAUGAACGAAGAAAGCAACAGUUGGGAGACGAAGUCAAGCAAGUAAGGUAUAACUCAUUUUGUGUUCUUUUAAGAAUUGAUCGAACCACACUAAAAAAAAUGGGUAAACUCACCGGACCGACCUGAUAAUCCGGCGAAUGUUUUUGCUUUUGAUUUAACCAAGCAGCUCAAAUUAACUCGAGAAUCAAAUGGCAAUAACACACGCUCACUCAAAUCGAACGCAUCGCGCUAGCUUUCUAUCGAAAAGGGAAAGGCGAAAAUUUUAAUAUAUAUUUUGAGGCUAGUUGAAAGAAAAACGCGAGGUUUAACCUUAAAACACCGUCUAGCUUUUCUACAUUCAUUGUGAUAUUAGUUUCUUUUUCUAAUAGGAGAAUGAAAAGCUGGAUCUAAGCCCACAAUCUUGAAAAUGCUCAAACUUUUGUCUUCUUUAGUGUUAAUUUAUCUCUAUAUCUAUACGAAGCGACACCAUUGUACGAAUAUCUUACCCUUAAUCUGCUAUUACGACGAGUGAAAUUACGGUUGCAAGUAUACGUUAAAGGUGCAUCUUGAGGUGUGUUGAACAAUGUAAGUGAGGUGUGAUUGCUGACUCAGGUGGGGAUGUCAAUCUGAUGGGUCGUGAUAUCUUGAAAGAUCCGCAGUUUGAAUCCAUGGAUUUGAUCUGUUUGCAUUAUAAGUGAGCUGGAUACGCUCUUUGUUUACAAACUAACAACCUUAGGGAUUUAGUGUAUCGAUAGGACCAAAUGUUAGAACCAAAUUCCCCAGCUUUUUCAGCUGGUGGACUGUAUUUUUCGUUUUCAGGGUGAUAAAAACACUUUGGCUUUUUCACUUUUCCGGUUUGCACACUUUUCUGCAUCGUUACGAUUCUUUCAUCAACAUCUUGUCCUGUCAACAUAGUCGCGAAAAACUUUGAAAGCAUAGCGCAAAAUACGACAGUUCCUCAAACAUGUGACGCUUGUGAUGUUCAGCAAUCCGCAGGGAUGCCAGAUGCUCAGUUUUUUCAACUUAUUGCUCCGGUUUGUAACUAGAGUACACUGAAACCCUGAUAGUUUGACACCAACCGUUGUCAAAUUAACGUGGUAACUUUUUAGUUCGACACCCUCUUUACACAGGCUACCAAACGUUUUGUUUGAUAGUAUGUGUGAGUCCCGUGUAAAAAGUGACAGCUCGUCACUUUUUAGUUUGACUUUGUGAAAUCAACGGGCUACAAACUUAAAAAAGUGUCAAACGAGAAGUUACCAACCACCGGAUGGUUGAGUGUAAUUACACCUCACUUUACACUAUUGAUGCACUAAAAUCAAGCCUAUCCGGAAAUGUAUCGCCAAACUCUGUGUUGUGAUUUAUCUUAAAUAAUUAGCCAAAACAAUAACCACUCAAACUCUUAUUCAAAUUUUCAAACAAACCAGAAAUGCGUAAAACAUAACAAAAUAACUCAAACCACCUUCACUUAAUACUCGUAGACAAUUGAUUGCUUUGUUUCCCAAUACGACAAAUAACAAUCAUAAUAAGAAUACACAAAAAAAAUCUAUAUUUAAUUUAUCGAAAAACAGUAGCAGAAACGAAAACCGAGUCCGUGCACUAGCAAACUGUGGCCUAAGAUUGUGAACAAAAUUAGACAAAUUUCUCGCUUCUAUCGUUGCGUCUCACGAAAUAUUUACAAGCAUAACACAGUAUAUUUUUCAAUCGGGAUUAGUUACCACUUGGGUUACGGAUAAGUUCGACUUGGUUAAACCACAGAACCCAAAAAGAGAAGAAGAAAAACAAACACAUGCAAGCUGACACAAAAGUAUUACCACGAAUCGCUAAAUCAAAACGGAACCUAAAAGGAAUAGUUAUUGAAAACAAACAAAAAUGAAGCAGAAAUUACAAUGUGGAAAAUGAGAUAAUAGUUGAAACAUAUCAGUUUUCUAGAAGCAAAAGUGUAUUUAAAACAAGAAAAAAGUAAAAUUAAUGAAAGAUUGAAUAAACGUAAAUUUUUUAACGAAAACAAAACACAUACGUCGAAGCAGAGCAUAAAAGCGUAAUUAAAUAAUUCAUACUAAAAGAAACUACGAAAAGUGUUGUACCUUAACUUAAAAACAGUGUGUAGAGACAGAGAGAACAAGCAAAUCGUUACUUGAGUUAAGACUAAUGCGGUGGACCCUUCAGGUUAAGGUGCCACUGCAUUACACCCAGAAGUGUGAGCGGAACGUGAAAACAAAACAAUAACAAAACAAACAUAUGCCAAAUUCUCACUACUAAGCGCGAAAAGAGGGCCGGGAAACUGAGAACAAUGACACUGCGUGAAAAUGAUUGUUUAUCAAUUUUAUAAUAAAAAGAAAAUCGAGCAUGCAAAUUCAAAUGGAGAAAAUUGUAAAGUUAAAAAAUAAACACAAAAAGACAAACUCACAGCUGGCAAACAGUUUGGGAGGCAAGCAAAUUGAAAAGUAAUAUUAAAUGACAAUCCUGACUCUAAGGCAAAUUAACUGAAACUAAAAAAACAAGAAAUACAAAAGCAGCCUGUUUUCUAAUGUUUGUACAUAAUCUAUCGAAGGCGGAGGGAAAAAAAUGAAGGAAAAUUGACUUGACAGCAGCUGUCAAGCUAAACAAGAAAUCAAUGUGUCUUCGCGCUCAAUUCUGUCAAAAAUCCGCUCAGUAAAAACACACACCUACAAACUUGUACAAGCACACUGCUUCCGGUUUAUCAGAACAAUACUGUCAUUUCCCGCAGAGCUGGUUCGUUUUGACAGCUGACUUAGCUUUCUUGUUUCGCGAAGAAAAGCAAGAAGCAACCGAAAAUGGCGUCUAACGCCUACUUUGACAAACUGGACGGACGCGCGCACAUCCAUACAAAGAAUGCUACAAAUACUUUACACAAGUUUUUUUUCCAACUUUUGUUUCUAGUUUUUAAGCUCUACGUUUAAGACGUUUUUAGUGCAAAGCUAGUUGAAUCGUUUUACCUUGUUGAGUGUUUUUCUUUUAUCUUAUCAUUAUUGUGAUUUUACACUGUUUAUUAACAAUUACGGCCACGUUGACGUUUGAGACGGAUCAGCGAAUGUGUUAACCACCUUACUGCUUAAGUUUAGUUUUUGUUUUUGGUUAGAUACGUUUUUUACAAUGAAUGAAACUGGUUUUCAACAUCUAGUUAAUUUUUAAGCAAGUUGUUUUAAUUAGAUUUAGAUUUGUUUUUGACCACUCCAAAGUGUGUACGAACGAAGCAUAAAAAUCAAAGACACUCUCACAAAACAACCUUAAUUUUAGGAAAUGAAAAUUAACCUACAAACACAGAAUGUGCUGUCCUUUUCCAACUCAAAAAUCUAAUUAAAUUCAAUCAGAUUUUCUCCUCAAAACUGACCUUUUUUAAACUCUGUUUUAAAACAAUAAAAUACUGAGUUCUUGAUAGUGAGAUAAGUUUUAAGCAUCAGCAGAUACAAAACACUACGCAGAAAUAUUUUUCAGAGGAAAUAAAAAAAAAUCUACUUUGAGCUUACCCACACAAUACACAAACAUAAACAAAGUCGUAAUUUCUUGAUUGUUAAUCUUAAGUAAUCGUGAGCAAAAGUAAAAUUGCCAAACACAUUAAUUAUUGCAUAGUAUGAAAACUUGUGCUUAUCAUUAUUAUAAUUACGAUUAAAAUAUUAUGUGACAAAGCAAAGAAAUUAUUAUAUUUAACAGAAAGAAAAGUACAUUUAAAAACAUACCCACAAAACCGAAAGCCGAGCGAUGGAAUUUAAAAGUGUAUAGAAAAGGGCCAUGGGGAAGAAAAAGGCUUGAUGAUUAAAUGUUUUAAUUGUUAGUUUUUAAAUGUGACAUUGAGAGUGUGGAAGGUAAGGGAAGUUGCGAAAAUGUGAAGGGGGAAAUCGCACCCAACUGAUUUAAUUUUAGAAGUUUAAAAUAUAAAAUAAACAAUCAGAUCAGAACACAAGACACGAGUAGAACAUGCAAAUAAUUGUGAGCUUUAAGUAAAGUUUUUUUUGUUGAUCAAAAAGAAAUAAAAAAUAAAAACCAUUAGCAUAAUUUGUGUUUUGUCUUAAAAACUGCUUUCAAUUGUUGUUCAUUUAUUACUUGUUUAUUACACAAAAAAAACAACUGUUUCAAAUUUGUGGAAGAAACAGUAACCCUACCAAACUUAAACUCCGGUGAUUUGACAGCUCUUCAGUUGACAAACUGUCACUUUUUACAUAGCGCUAACGCUCACUAUCAAAGCCAACACCAUGCACAGCUGUGUAAAAGUGGUGGAAAAUUAACCCCGUUAGUUUGACAACAAUUGCUGUCAAACCAUCAGGAUUUGUGUGUAUCUUUUGUUUUUCAAAACGUCAAAAAAUCUACAGAAGAGAUUCACUGAUUUUUGAAUCGAAUGCAUGAAAAUCGCCGAACAAUGGAGCUCAAAUGAAAACAUCAGAUUGACAACUGCUUGUUUACAAUCAUCGCAAAAUUGUGCUUUUAACUUUAGCUUCUUUAUUUUAAAUAUAUUUUUCAAUACAAAAACAACUCACAAAGAGUUUAAACAAACUCGCUAACAAAACCGAUAUCACACACACUCACACAUCGAAACACGCAACGUGGCUUUUUGAUUGUUACUUAGCGAGAAACAAUAGAACAGAUUAAAUCAAAACAAAAGAAGAUCAAAUCAGCGCUUACUUCUCACUUGUGCUUCGCAAAUCAUCGCAAAAACCAACAAAGUCGACUCAUCGCGCCAUUAUACUCAAGCAUACCUUUUAAAUUUUAUUUGCAAAUCAGCUAAACCACAUAAUUUGACAGACAAAAUGGCGAACCUUCACCAGAGAAGAAACACACACAUGAGAAAAAAAAACAAUUGAAAAUUAUAAAACAAAAAAUUCUGUGAUUUCCGAAUGACAAAAAAAACUAAGAAAAAUAAAAGAAAAGCAACUAUUGAAGCAAAACACACACGCACUCUUGCUAAUGAAACAAAAGAAUAUCAGUUUGAUACUUGAACCAUCUCAAGUUGAAGUGUUGCAAAGUGUGGAUGCGAAAUCGAAAACUUAAACUUAAACCCAAAAGAGUUAAGAAGAAGAAAAAAAGAAAACGAGAAAGUAUUCCAGUGCCAGCUAUUUUUAAAACAAAAAGACAUUUAAAAUAUUUCAAAAGAAGUAAAAACUAACACGGAACGGGAAGACAAAAUUACCAACAAAAAUAAUUAUUGUCGCAAAAGCAAGGGUUGAAAUGGAAAAUGUAUGAAGGACAUCGAAAAAAAAAAAAAAAAACAGAAAGCCGAUGGCGAUGAUGAAUGAGAAGAACAAAACAAAAACCAAGCCAGUGUCUGCAAUCACUCACGUGUAGAUAGUGAAUAUGUACUAUGUUGGUGAAUGAACAUGCCAAACCUAUAGUAGCAGGUGAUUGAAAGCGAACCUGGCGGCGAUUGAGUGAGAACAGUUUUGAGGAGAGGAGGGGGAAAAUAAAACGAUCCGUAAAGGAAACCGUAGGAAAAGCUGAUAAAAUGAUGUAUAUUUUAACUCAUUAUGUGUAUAAAAAGCAGAAAAGCUGAAAACAAGAAAUAUAUGUAAUGUAAAUUCUAUUAAAA